AUGUUGAAAGACGAUUCACCUUUUAUCGCUGCCGUGCUGGGAGGCGACACACUGUAUGAAUUAAGAUCGUCCUUACAACUGGCAGAACUAGAAAGAUUAUCAGGAUUCUCAUCACAUGUUUCACCGAAAACAACUGGUCAAGAUAUAGCCCGAUUGCUGCAAGCUUGCGGAUAUAAACUUAUAACUGUAGAUAUAACCGAUAUGAAAAUACGUUAUCCCUCAAUGUUUGAACUAAUGUUCGAUAUUCAAGGCAUGGGAGAGAGUAAUGCCUCAAUAUUUGGUAGUAAACAUAUGCACAAAGAAGUGCUACAGGCUUCUGCGGCAAUAUAUCAGAAUCUGUAUGGUAGUGGAAAUAUUGAGGAGGGCGUACCAGCUACAUUUCAAGUUAUACAUUUUAUAGGUUGGAAAAACCCAACCAAGGCUACUAGUUUAAGAUCUCAAUAA